GUUUCCCCUUGGGUGUAUAUAUAAAGAGGUUAUUAGGUAGAGGUUAACAUCAUCAAUCUUAUGUCUUCCCUCUGUCUCUCUAAUCUCGUGAGUCUCAUACUCACCUUAGUCAUCAUAACAAUUCCUAAACGAGAAUUCGAUCUGCAUCAGAAUCAUGACCUCAUCCCUAACUACGUUCACAUGAGUUAUCAGCUCAUCAAACCAGUCAUGGAGUCAUCAUCAUCAUCAUCAUCAAGACCAUCUGCUGAUUCACAUCAAUGUACAACACAAUGGAAACAGAAGCAGAAAGUAUUAGGGGUUGUAACAUUGGCAUAUCAGAGUCUGGGAGUAGUGUAUGGAGAUCUCAGCACCUCUCCACUGUACGUAUACAAAACCACAUUUUCAGGAAAGCUGAAACUCAAAGAAGACGACGAGGAGAUAUAUGGAGUGCUCUCCUUCAUCUUCUGGACUUUCACAAUUAUCCCUCUCUUCAAAUACAUUUUCAUUGUUCUCUCUGCUGAUGACAAUGGGGAAGGUGGCACAUUUGCACUCUACUCCUUGCUGUGCAGGCAUGCAAGGCUGAGCUUGCUUCCAAACCAGCAGCAAGAAACAGAUGAGAAAUUGAGCUCAUAUGGCAUACGAGGAACUAAAGACGACAGUCCCCAAAGCGCCGCUUUCAAGUCCUUCGUUGAAAGCCAUCCGAGCUUUCGCAACGCUCUUCUGGUCUUUGUUCUUCUCGGAACUUGCAUGUCUAUUGGUGACGGCGUCUUCACUCCCUCCAUUUCAGUUCUCUCGGCAGUUUCGGGCAUGCAGGUUAAACUUAAAGGACUUCAUGAGAAUUACGUUGUAGUGAUUUCGUGUAUAAUUCUGGUGGGGCUGUUCUCCAUCCAGCAUCAUGGGACACACAGGGUUUCUUUCAUGUUUGCUCCUAUUGUGUUGGCAUGGCUCUUGUCCAUCAGCAGCAUAGGAAUCUACAACGUACUAAAGUGGAAUCGUGGCAUAUACCGGGCGCUGUCACCCCUCUACAUGUGGAGGUUUCUUAAAGUGACUGGUUGCGAAGGUUGGGUGUCCUUAGGUGGGGUGGUGCUCUCCAUAACAGGUGUGGAGACCAUGUUUGCUGAUCUGGGCCAUUUUUCCACAUUGUCUGUCAAGAUUGCAUUCACAUCAUUGGUGUAUCCAUGUCUGAUGCUUGCAUACUUGGGUGAAGCUGCAUUUCUCUCAAGGAACCAUGAGGACAUCCAAAGAAGUUUCUAUAAAGCCAUUCCAGAGGACAUAUUCUGGCCAGUGUUCUUAGUGGCCACUUUGGCAGCUGUGGUGGGAAGUCAGGCGGUAAUCUCCGCUACUUUCUCCGUCAUAAGUCAGUGUUCGGCACUCCAUUGCUUUCCCCGGGUGAAAAUCAUUCAUACUUCCAGUAAGAUAUUUGGCCAGAUUUACAUACCAGAAAUCAACUGGAUUCUCAUGUGCCUCUGUCUGGCUGUUACUAUCGGAAUAAGGGACACAAACAAGAUUGGGGCCGCUUAUGGCCUGACAUUCACAAUGGUUAUGUUCGUAACAACUUGCCUGAUGGCAAUGGUGAUGGCCAUCGUGUGGAAGAAAAAGAUCCAAACAGUUGCCAUUUUUGUUGUUUUUAUUGGUUCUAUUGAACUUCUAUACCUCUCUGCGGCAAUUUACAAGGUUCAACAAGGAGCUUGGAUACCCCUACUUCUAUCAAUCAUCUGCAUGGGCAUAAUGUUCACAUGGAACUACGGAACCCUAAAGAAACACCAAUAUGAUCUGGAAAAUAAGGUCUCAAUGGAGAGAAUCUUGGCUAUGGGACCAAGUCUAGGAAUAGUUCGAGUCCCUGGAAUAGGACUUAUGUACACAAAUCUCAUCAGUGGAAUACCUGCUAUAUUUGAUCACUUUGUGACCAACUUGCCUGCUUUCCACGAAGUUCUUGUUUUCGUGUGCGUGAAAUCUGUUCAGGUGCCAUUUGUUGUUGAAGAAGAGAGAUUCUUGGUGAGCAGAGUGGGACCUAAAGAGUUCAGUAUGUUCCGAUGCAUAAUCCGAUAUGGAUACAAAGACACCCAGCAAGACUACAACUUUGAAGCAAGACUAGUUUCUGCAGUCAUUCAGUUUGUUGAUUCAGAAGAUACAAAGCUUACAAAAGACCAUCCAGGAAACACAGUAGAAUCUGGAGAUGAUAUCCAGGUGAUAGCAUCGGGAAAGAGCAGACAGCUUAAAGAAGAGUGUAGGGGUAUAAUGAGAGCAAGGGAGUUGGGAAUUGCAUACAUUUUUGGGCAUUCUUACGCAAGGGCAAAAAAGUCAUCAUCCAUCAUCAAGAAAUUUGCCAUAAACAUUGUGUAUGGUUUCUUGAGCAAGAAUUGCAGAGGACCUGAUGUCGUUCUAAAUGUCCCUCACAAUUCCCUAAUUGAAGUGGGAAUGAUAUACCACGUGUAAACUCGAGUAAAUGUAAGUAGAACGAUUGUAAGGGUAGUUUGGGACUUGUGUAAUGCAAAACAACGGUAGCUAACUACAAAUGUAACUUGAUGACUCAAGCUGUUAAGUAUGAACAAAAAGGCAAGUAUUUG